UUGGCAGCUCUGGCCGGCGGGGCCAUAUCCCUGCUGCGGGCGGGCGCCGGCGGGCGGCGGAGCGGAGCCCCGGGCCGGGCCCAGCCCGCCAUGGCGCGGGAGAGGCUGCCCGGGAGGGGCUGCUGUGCCCUGCGCCGCUGUCUGCUCGCCGCCGCUCUGCUGCUCGGCCUGCGGCUCUGCGCGGAGCUGCAGCGCGCCGGGCCCCAGCCCCCAGCCCUCAGCUCCCCGCCAGGCCAGGCCCCCCGACCGCCCGGGUCGCACCUGCAGCCCGCGCCCGGCCAGCUGCGCGGCGCCAGCCGGAGGCAGGUGACCUACGUGCGCAGCGGGCGCCGAGCGCCGGCGCGGGGCGGCAGGAGUGGGACGCCGGAGCCAGGCUGCUGCGCCCUGCGCGGGCGUCCCCGCCUGAAGGGUCCCCGGUGGCAAAUAGACCUCCAGCCUUGGGCAGGCCCUGCUCGCUCCCUGGAUGAAGAAGCCUUGAGGUUCCUGAGAUACAUCAGCACCAUUCAGAUUGCGUGUGAUCACAUGAGCACAGACAGCCUGGCUACUGACUCCAGCCCUACAGAGAAGCCCUGGCUGGUCUGUCUUGAUGACAGGUUUGGCUUAGUUCAUCAAAUCCGCAACAAGCAGUGCCGCCUCUAUUCGUUAGGCCUAGGAAGUGAUGAUACCCAUUUUGAGGUUGGCAUGGCCAGCAGUGGAUGUGAAGUGCAUCGUUUUGAUCCUAGCGUUAAAUCAGCUCAUGUUCUGGAAAGUGAGCAUCUUUGGUAUCACCGUUUGUCCAUCGACUGGCGGGACCCUCAUCCAGCUGUUGCUGCCCAAAAACCAUAUAGCAACACCAGAAAACUGGGAACCAUUUUGAAUGAAUUUGGGCAUCACAAGAUUGAUGUUCUCAAAGCAGAUCUGGAAAGCGCAGAAUGGAAAGUUUUGGAAAAUCUUAUUCUGGAAGAUGUCCUCGAACAAAUUGGACAGCUCAUCUUUGAGAUCCAUCUCCACUGGCCCGGGUUUGAGGUCAGUGGCAGUGACAGCAGUGUUGUGCGGUUCUGGUACAGCCUCCUCAAAGAGUUAGAACUACAGGAUUUCAGGCUUUUUCACAGUUACAAAGAUUUAUCUAAACCUCAGCUUUUCCUGAAAAAAGAUAUUUUCAAUGCGAGUAGCUGUUAUACUCUGGGUUGGGUGAAUACAAGAUGGAAAUAGGACACAGGAUCUCAUCAAGAACUCAAGGAAAUAUUUGCAGCAGGGAACAUGUCCAUGAUUCUAGUUACUGGUUUACUUGUCUAGUCUCCCACUAGCCUGUGACUUGCUUGAGGCAGAGGUUGUGUUAUUACCUUUGUAGUACAUGUAGCUUGGCACAUGGUAGGGAAACAGUUAAUACAUGUUGAGGGGACAGACAUAGGAGUCAACAGCCAUCUGCCCAAACCCAGGCUCUUUGCCUAUUUGCCUCCAACAGAGUGGAAAUGCUUGUCUUUCCUCACCUCAGUUUGGAAGAUAAUCCCCCAUUUAUCUCAGUUUUCCCUAAAAUUAAUUAUGUAUCUAUAAACCAUGAGUUCACCACCAUGAAAAAGAAAUUAUAUAACAUUUCUAUUUUUAUUGGGUUGAUGAGAUCCUUAAAUAUGUAGCCUGCUGUUUAAAAUAAGGCCUUUCAUUUGCUAUUCACUCACCUCUUUCAAGGAUUUUCUUGUUCACUGUGUCAAUAACAUUCUUUACAGCCUUGUAGAUUUCAAUCAUUCCUCCUCAACCUUUGCUGAGGCCAUGGUUUUUUAAAAAAAAAAACCAAAAACAUUAUCUCUAAGAUUAAAUGAGAUUUUCCUUUCUGCCAAUUGGCAUUCAUUGUAUGCCUGUGGCCUGAGGGCCAGGUGCUCUCUUUUUCCUGGGACAGAUACAGUGUGGUAAUACCAAACACACUGUAUAUAUUUUAUAUAUUUUAAAAAAUUAAGCAGAGAAUGCAUAUUCUCAAUAGUUUGAAUGAUCUCCAUCUUUUCUGUCUAUAAGAAUUAGACAUUUACUUCUAUAAAUGAUUUUCAAAAAUCCUAUUUCAAAUAAAUUAAUUAAAUAGUAUAAAAAUAAAUCAAAUUAUUACCUUUGAUAUAUUAAAUACAUCUUCUGGCAUUUUCUAUAUCCUAAGGAACAGUAAUAUAUACACUGUUUAAGAAAUUUUGGGAGAGCGUAGAGUACUGAUUACUACUAGACCUUAAUUCCUUAUCCCCAUUGCUUUACCUCCUUCUACUCAAAACAUUCCCUGGGUUGGCUUUUUUGCUUUUUGCAGUGGUUCGAAAAUAUCAUUACUCAGGUGAGAAGCCAAAUAUAAUAGAGUUAUAUCAUCUUACUAACUUGACUUCAAAAGGGAAUAAGACUUUCUGAAUUAGCAGUGAUGAUUUGUUUUAAUAUAAAUGAGGCUUUUUAAAUUAAAACUUACAGGACACUAAUAAAAGUCAUUGAUGUGAGAGGGCCAGCUUGAAUAAGUUAGCAGUUUAGUUGCUUUCAACGUCCGUAGGUAUUUCAAAAGUACAAAAAGUCCAUAAAACUCUAAAGUGGUUUAUCUUGUUAGUUUGCAUGGUAUAACCUCCAAAACAAAGUUAACUUUAGUCCUAAUCCUGUUUGGAUUAUAUCAUAGAUUACCUUUCAUUUUUAAUAAAAUUUUAUACAUUAAACACAGUAGAUCUUUUUUAUUAAAACCUUUUAACCCUUAUACACCGAGGUAUGAGGUAUACUCGGAGAAGGCAAUG